CCUACCACGGUAUACCAAGUUUGUUCGCGCGAACGAUAGCACGCACGAUAUAUUGAUUUUAAACAUACUUUUAUGUUGUUUACUUAAAUAUUAAAAGUUUAAACUUUCUUUUGACAGUUUGUUUAAAUAUUUUUUAUCUCUUUUUAAAGUGUUUUACAAUUGAUAAGUAUUUUUUUAUCUUGUGAAGUGAUCAGUUGAAAUAAGAUUGGAUUUUAGUUUCUUUGUCAGUUUUCUGUGUGUAUUGAACAGUCUGAAUUUGGAAGCCGUUGCGAGUUGCUGUAUUUUUUUGCGUUGGUGAAUUUUUGUGAAAAUAGCGAAUAUGGACGUGGAAAAUGCCAAUUGUAAGAUCAAGGUAUCACAAUGUGCCGAUAUGGAAGUGCUACCCAUUGAGAGACCAUUGAAAGUUGAUGUAGAAAUAACCGGCCUAGACAUACUGAUACAGGAGCUACACAGGAUGUUCUCUCGCGACCACGUCAACGUACAGGAUGUUCAGAAAGUGAUGCUCGGCUACAAAUCUAACCCGAAGGAUUGGAGCAAAUUCGCCAAGUUUGAUCGUUUCCGCUACACACGUAACCUGGUAGACGCUGGUAACGGUGCCUUCAACAUCAUGAUCCUCUGCUGGGGAGCCGGUCACGCCUCCGCGAUCCACGACCAUGCUGACUCACACUGCUUUAUGAAACUCUUGAGUGGCAGUCUUGAGGAAGUCAGAUACGAGUGGCCUGAAAACGUGCAACCGGAAGUGGUCAAGGUUUUAAACAACAACAAAUCGCGAAGGAAAUGCUGCUCAGAAAGCCAAGACUUACCGGACAGCGUAUCCGAACUCACCAUAGACCGCCCGGAUGACAGCUGUCAAACUGACAGUUGUCAAUGUGACAGGUGUCAGAAGCGUGACAGUGACAGUGACAGAUGUCAAAAUGGGCGGGAAUAUGAAGAGGGAUAUGAUGUGAGGGAUAUGAAAGUUAGGGGGAGGACAAGGAUGGAGGUUAACGAUGUAUGUUAUAUAAAUGAUGCCCUAGGCCUCCACCGAGUAGAGAACCCGUCUCACGUAGACGGGGCAGUCUCCCUACAUCUCUACUGCCCACCGUUUGACAGCUGUCGUGUGUUCGACGCGAGGACAGGCAAACCCACGGAGGUCAAGGUCACAUUCUGGUCUAUGUAUGGCAAGAAGAUUAAGAGGGUUUUGCAAGCAAAUGAACCAGCCGACAGUCAGCAGUAGAUUUUAAAAACAAAUAAAAUUAAAACUAAGCAUUCCAGUCUAGUAUUUUUAAUGAAAAAUUGUUGA